AUUGUUUAAAAAAAUCAGUACUCGGAAAUGGCUUCUUUGAGGAGCCCGUCUUCUCCGACCGACGGUUAUAAAAGAUUCAGUGAUGAUUUUGCAAACACCAGCAUCAACAAUUACGGCUCCAACGUCACAAAUAACCGUGCUGAAACAGAUGGCGGCGGAGAUGCAACUUUGGAUAUGGGCAGUCGCUCGUCCCUCCACACUGGCUUGCAAAUGUCGGAGGAUGAGCAUUGGGAGAUGAAUUAUCAUGAAGCAGCUAUUUAUUUAGAGGAAGGAUUAAAUAAUGAAAAAUUUGAUUCUCAUCCUUCGAGCCCAGAGGAGCUACCGGCUUAUCUUAGAGUUCAUAACCCUUGGUACCACGGGCUGGACUUGCUGGCCUCGCUGGUUUUAAUUCUUCUGGCAUUUACUGAAGAUCCAGCUGUUCCAGCUUUUGAGCUUCCAGUUUGGGCACAUGGUACGAUAGAACUGUUGGCGUUAUCUGUGAUCGGUAUAGAAUUACACCUUAAAUUAAAAUGGAUAGGAUGGGGGACGAUUUUUAAGCAUAAGAGAACAAUGCUGAAGGGAAUUACACUCUUAAUAAUGGUAUUAGAAGCAGUUGUAGUGCUCUGUAGACAGUCAUCCCACUUCAGAGUCACAAGAGCGCUCCGACCCAUCUUUCUGGUCGAUACCCGGCAUUGUGGGGGGGUCAGACGAUUUAUUAGACAGAUCCUGCAAUCUUUACCACCUAUUAUUGAUAUGUUAGGUCUUCUUAUGUUUUUCGUAGCCACGUAUUCCCUUUUGGGAUAUUAUCUGUUCACUGAGCACGUGGAUAAUGGACAUUUUCAAACGAUCAGCGACUCAUUUGUUAGCAUGUUUGUUCUGCUUACAACGGCCAAUUUCCCAGACGUUAUGAUGCCGUCAUACGCCAAAUCGAAGUGGUACGCCGUAUUCUUCAUCCUCUACAUUAUAACCGUUCUUUACGUUCUUAUGAAUUUGAUGCUGGCCGUGGUGUACGAGACGUUCACCCGCAUCGAGCGCGACAAGUGCCGCGCGCUGCUGCUGCACCGUCGCGGCGCGGCGCGCCGGGCCUUCCGCCUGCUCGUGUCGCGCCGCGCGCCGCGCGCCGUGCGCCUGCGGCACUUCGCCGGCCUGCUGCGCCACUACGCGCCGCACUACGGCGGCCUGGACGUGUACCUGAUGUUCAAGCAGCUGAGCCGCUCGGGCGGCGGCGGGCUGUCCCGCGCGGAGUUCGCCAACGUGUACGAGGUGUUCGCGCUGCGCUGGGCGGCGCAGGCGGCGCGCGCGCCGUGGUACGGCGCGACGGCGCUCGAGCCGCUCGGCCGCGCCGCCGCCGCCGCCGUGCGCUGGCCCUACUUCGAGCACCUCGUGUAUGCAAUUAUUAUCGGCAAUGGCGUAUCGAUGAUCCUUCGAGUGUGCGAGGCGGCCGGAGACCUGCAGGACAGCGCAAGACUCCUUUGCGCGUCUUGGGACACCUGGCUAUUCCUUAUAUUGUUCCUCCUGGAGGCAGCUUUGCGUAUAAUGGCGUCAGGUCUGUCCGUGUAUCUGGAGAGCGGCUGGAACGUGUUCGACCUAAGUGUGACGCUGCUGGCCCUGCUCGGAGCCGUGCUGCUCACGAUAGCGCCUAAACUCUUCAUUGUUGUCAUGUUCAGACCGCUCAGGCUAAUGCGCUUGUACAAGCUGAAGAAGCGCUACCGUGACGUAUUCGGUACUCUCGUACUACUAUCUCCUCUCAUGUCCUCGGCGGGCUGCGUGAUGCUGGUCAUGUACUACUUCUUCGCCAUCAUUGGGAUGGAACUGUUCGCUGGUUACGACUUGAGGAAUUGCUGCAUCAACACAACCGUGGAAGAUUUCUACAAGUACUCAGAGAACAGUUCGACCCCUCUUGGCUACUACUAUCUCAACAACUUCGAGAACAUUCUCACGAGCGGCGUUUCGCUGUUCGAGCUGACCGUCGUCAACAACUGGUUCAUACUCAUGAACGCCUACGCUACCGUCGCGGGACAGUUCAGCAGGAUAUACUUUAUGGUUUUCUACCUAUUCACAAUGGUGGUACUGACUAUUGUGGUAGCGAGCGUGCUGGAAGCGUUCCGGUUCAGGAUACAGUAUAAACGCAGCACCACUAAGAGAGACGAGGAGAAACUGCUGCAUGAAGAGGUGCACACGAGCUGGGAAGAGGCGCAGAGGUUAGGGGCCAGCGGGGAUUUGGCAGAGGAGCUGCGCGCGCACUUACCUCCCGGGAUGCAAGUUACUUUCAUAGGAACGAGACCUCGUACUAAAGAGGUGUUGCAGAGAAGGAUGUACCAGGCGGAUAUACAGAAGUGGCUUGCUGAGGAGGAUGACAGCGAAGAUGCUCCUCCAUCAACCACGGUGACAUCCAGUGAGGAUCCCCUCUCCCCACCAAUUAUCCAGCAACCGGAUUCAGAAAACAACCACCAGAUAAGAACCGGUUAUCAAUUGUAGAAUUUAAUACUCCGCGUCCUCAACAGCAGACUUUCAUUUAUAUGGGACGUAAUAAAUAACUUAUGAAGUGAAAUUAAGUGACAUCGGAAGUGUCUUUGAUGGAUUAAUGUUAUAAAAAUAUAGUUAGCUAAUUUUAUUAUUUGCAAAACGCAAUAUAAAUAGAUAAUAAACAAUAUUAAAUUAUAAUAAUAUAAUGCAACGGUUAGAUCUGAGUUUGCAGCUUCAUAACAAAAAGCGUAGAUAUCGUUGCUGCAUAGUUUUAAUCGUAUAUUAUAUCUAAUUUAUUCAGCAUUAUUCGAUUUAAGUAACAAAACCGCUAUUAAGUGAUUUAAUUUAUUAAAAUAAAUAUUCUAAUAAAGUAAUAUUUUAUACAAUUGAACAUUCAUGAUCUCUAGUAAUUCCAUAGACAAUAGAUAUUGAAACUUGAAUAUUUUUCACUAGAAUUUUGAUAUAGUUAAUUGGUACUAAAAUUUUUGUCAUCGUAAGUGUAAGAUACCGUAAGUGUCCAAUUGAAUGCAAGCCAAGCGUGCCACUUUUUUACUCUACAUAUCUAUUUAGUCAAUGAAGUUUUUUUUAUGUUUGCUUAGCUUUUAUGGUAGUAAAGCCAAUCAAAAACAGAUUGCUAACAAAAUGUGCAUUGUAGACACAAGUAAAUUUGGAGAGCUCGCGUUAUCUAUCUCCAUUAAUAACUUCGAUGACAACAUAUAAAUUAAUUGACAGAACUUGGACGCUACGUUCGAGUUACAAUUGAAAGUGUUACCAAGUGAAGUAAAAUCGACAAUAGUAUAGGCUAGGGUCACACUUGCAACAAAGUAAUAUUACCAAAACGGAUUUUUCAUAAGUCGUUUUCACUACUGGUGAAUCAUAAUCCACGAUCAGAUAUAUUAACUUCCAAGAGUAGAUACAAUUGCCUUUUUAAUGUGUAUAUUACGAUAAGACCAAGGUACUUGAUAUAAUUUAAUAGACCUUUGGUAACGCUUUGACGAUGUAAAAUAUAUAAAAUGUUUUGACAGAGGAUCCCUUGAUAUCGUCACGGUAACAUGCGAAAGCGAUCCCGUGACGCUCCUCGUUAAGACGGAAAGGGUACCGCUAGUUUUUUAGUGGGUAUUCCGAUGUUUGGGGCGCACUCGGCGCUUUGGACACCGGUGAGCCCCACAUACCCCCCACUGACCCCGUGGGAAAAACGCGUAACGCGUUUUUUCAGCGUAAAAAAAAAGGAUCCCUUGAUAUCAUUCACGCGCUCGUUUUUUAUAGGGACCUUGUGAGAGUAAUACUUCUGCUGCUAAAUACAUAUAUAAAAAAGGGAAAUUUAUCUUGUUAAUUCUAAAAGUACGAAUAAUAGUUUUUAUGAAUUGUAUUAUAUAACAUCUGUGAUAGAUGCUUGAAAGAGUUUAUAAGAGCGGCUAUUUUUAUUUAAAAAAAAAAAUUGGGUCAUUCUCAAUACACCAAAAACUUUUUGGUUAUUAUUUAUUUUUUAAAUUAAAUAGUUUUAAUUUUGAGUAUUACUAGAAUACUAGUUAUAAAAAUUAAUAAUAUAAUUAUUAAAAUCUUCCAUUAUAUACAAUAUGUUUUUAUUAAAGUUAAUUUAUUUGAUAAGAUUUAUUUUACUCAAAUAAUGCAAAAACGUUGAAAUUUUAGGAAAUGUUUACUUACCACAACUUUUUUAAUGGACAGCUAAAAUUGUUUUUUGCUUAUGAAAAAAAAAAAUACUAUAUAUAUAUUUUUUUCAUUACCUCUUCAUUAUUCUAUGAGUUUCCACUUCAGUGACCGUAGAAUAAAUAAAAUUUGUAGAAAGAUUAACUACAAGGAGGUUGCAGGCCCGAGUAUGAUCUCUUAAAAUAUUUAAUCUUAGCUUGUUUUAGUGAAACAGUAUUAAAUUUUUUCCACUCAAUUAAAAGUAUAUAGUGAAGUAUAACGGUCUUAUUGAAAAAUAAAGAAAGCAGCUCUAGUUGAGUAGGGUUCAGGUACGAGGCCUUAUAGUAUUUAAUAGGUAUUUAUUUAUGUAGGUGGUAGAGGUUCUAUAGUAUUGAACGAUUUAAGUGUGGCAAGGUAAGGCUUCUGUUUAAAUUGCUUACAAAAUUAUAGCAUUCUUUCAAUCGUCGUAGAUCUAGUUGUUAUAAGAUAUUGAAACUUAACGUUAAGUAUCAUGGUAAAAUGAGAUAUAAAUAUAUUGAGAUUAAUUCACGUAUUUUUUUUUCUAUUCAAUUUAAAAUAUAAAUGAGAUGGUGCUAGACUGUUUUUACAAAUUUCGUUUAAUAUUUUUUAACCGUUUCUUCGAAUGCAUUGUUAUAGUUAAACUAUUUCCUAAAGAAUACUCCAAAUCGGAAUAAUUAUGGCAGCUAAUUUUAAUAUAUUAUAUAAUCGUAAGUUUUAUUUAAGUACAUAUUUUGUAGAUUAUGGCUUAUCAGCUUAUUAAAAUAAUUUAU